AUGAUUAAGAAAAUUGGAAAAAAAGUUACAAGACCCUUCAAAAAUAAACCACGACCAACACCAUCAUAUCCACCUCCUCCACCACCUCCACCACCUCCUCCUCCUCCUCCUCCUCCUCCUCCUCCACUGCUUCCUUCAUCUACACCUCCACCAUCACCACCGCCGCCAUCUCCUCCUCCUCCUAAGCAACCAAAUGCUCCAUUUAUCUUCCCUCAAACUCACUCCACAGUUCUCCCUGACCCUUCAACUUUCUUUGCUCCAAACCUUCUCUCUUCUCCACUCCCUACAAACUCUUUCUUCCAAAACUAUGUUCUUCAAAAUGGAGACACACCUGAGUACAUCCACCCUUACCUCAUCAAAUCCUCAAACUCCUCCCUCUCCCUCUCCUACCCUUUUCUCACCUCCAACUCUUCUUUCAUAACACAAGUUUUCAACCCUGACAUCACCAUCUCUUCCUCUGAGAGCAAAACCACCCCAGGCUCACACACGAGGCACGUGAUAUCUUCCUUCAGUGAUCUCGGUGUCACUUUGGACAUUCCAUCUUCAAACCUCACGUUCUAUCUUGUCAGGGGAAGCCCUUUUGUGACAGCAUCAGUGACAUGUCCCACAGCACUUUCCAUUACCACCAUGCAUGCCAUUCUUUCACUCUCAUCCAAUAACUCCCUCACCAAACACACCAUGCAGCUCAACAAUGGCCAAACGUGGCUCAUUCAUACUUCCUCACCUAUCAGUUUAAAUCAUAGCCUUUCUGAGAUUACUUCUGGCGAAUUUUCUAGCAUAAUUAGGAUAGCAGUAUUGCCUGAUUCUGACCCUAAGUAUGAGGUAAUCCUCAAUAGGUUCAGCUCUUGUUAUCCUCUCUCUGGGGAUGCAACAUUUACAAAGCCAUUCUGUGUAGAGUAUAAAUGGGAAAAGAAAGGGUGGGGGGAGUUGUUAAUGCUAGCUCACCCUCUUCACCUUCAGCUUUUGAAUGAUGGUGAUUGUGGUGUGACGGUUCUGCAUGAUUUAAAAUAUAGAAGUAUUGAUGGAGAGCUUGUUGGUGUUAUCGGGGACUCAUGGCUGCUCAAAACCGAUCCGGUUUCAGUUACUUGGCAUUCCACAAGAGGUAUAAAAGAAGAAUUCCAUGAAGAGAUUUUUUCAGUGCUUUCUGAAGACGUGGAAGCUUUGAAUCCCUUGGGAAUAACAACAACAUCAUGCUAUUUUUAUGGGAAGAUAAUAGCAAGGGCAGCAAGGUUGGCAUUGAUAGCUGAAGAGGUGGCUUUUCUUGAUGCUAUGCCGGUGAUUAGGAAGUUCUUGAAGGAGACCAUUGAACCAUGGUUGGACGGAACUUUCAGUGAAAAUGGUUUCCUCUACGAUGGGAAAUGGGGAGGGAUUGUUACAAAACAAGGGUCUAAAGAUUCAAGUGCAGAUUUUGGAUUUGGUGUUUAUAAUGAUCAUCAUUACAAUUUGGGGUAUUUCCUUUAUGGAAUUGCGGUGCUUGCAAAGAUAGAUCCAGCUUGGGGAAGGAAGUACAAGCCUCAAGCCUAUUCACUUGUGGCAGAUUUCGUGAACAUGGGAAGAAGAUCAAACUCUAAGUACACACGUUUGAGGUGUUUUGAUCUUUAUAAAUUGCACUCUUGGGCCGGAGGGUUAACUGAAUUUGCAGAUGGAAGAAAUCAGGAGAGUACUAGUGAAGCUGUGAAUGCAUAUUACUCUGCAGCAUUGAUGGGUCUAGCAUAUGGUGACACUCAACUUAUUGCCACCGGAUCAACACUUGCAGCCAUGGAAAUUCAUGCAGCUCAAAUGUGGUGGCAUUUGGGAGAGGGACAUAAACUGUAUGAGGAAGAUUAUACCAGAGAGAACAAGGUGGUAAGUGUUCUGUGGGCUAACAAGAGAGAUAGUGGACUAUGGUUUGCUCCUUCUCAGUGGAGAGAGUGCAGGCUUGGUAUUCAUGUUUUACCAUUGUCUCCUAUUACUGAGGCCUUGUUCUCAGAUGUUGGCUAUGUGAAGGAACUUGUGGAGUGGACAGUGCCCAAUUUGAACAGGAAAUGUGUUGGAGAAGGGUGGAAGGGGUUUAUCUAUGCCAUGGAAGGUACUUAUGAUAAAGAAAGUGCACUGCAAAAGGUAAGAAGCUUGAAAGUUUUUGAUGAUGGAAACUCAAAGAGUAAUCUGUUGUGGUGGAUUCACAGCAGGGGUGAUGUGGAGGAGGAAUUUGGUCAAGGAAAACAUUGCUGGUUUGGCCAUUACUGCCAUUAA